AUGUUCAUCACCCUCUACUUCAUAGUCACUCGCCUCCCUGACUCCCUUCGCUCUAUCAGGGACCACUUCCUCACACUCGACCCCACCUCCCUCACUGUUGAUCUCCUCGAGCAUUAUCUCCUCGCAGCUGAGACUAGUGCAGUUGCUGUAGGUGCUGCUCGUGGCACUCCAUGCUCGCCCUUCUUUGAGGGGUGCUCCCCCUCCCCCCUUUCCCCCUCCUUCGCCUCUGCUGCUGCUGCAGACAUCUCUGUUCCUGAGGACGUCGGUGAUGCUUCGACUAGUGCGAAGUGCCGCAACAGCAAGGCCAAGGGUGGCCGGGGUAGUGGAGGAGGCAGCGGUGGUGGUGGAGGUGGCAGUGGGAGCGGUAGUGGGGGCAGCGGUAGAGGAGGUGGAGGCAGUGGAGGUGGUGGCGGCAGUGGGACUCGUGGUGGCGGUGGGGGCUCUGAUGGCGGCGGUGGAGUCAGCGGAGGGAGUGGCGGCAGUGGAGGCGGUGGGACUGGUGGUGGUCCCUGA